AAUACAACCCUCAAAUGCCCUGAGAAUGUGAUGGUGUUUUUUCUCUUUCUCCUCUCUCCUACCUUCCUAUUUAGAAUUUAGUCUUUGAAGGCCUAAAUAUAUUCAAUACAUUUCCCAGAUGUAAUAUUUGUCGAGUUAUUUGCAGUGAUUCAAUUCGCACCACAUUUGUUCUAAUUCAAAUUCAACUCUUCCCUCCAAAAACUUAUCCUCUGUUCAUAACCAGAGGUAUUGAUUUUUGCAAAUUUCAAAAAAUCCGUUUUUUCAAAAGUAGUUAGACAUGAAGAGAAGUAAAAUGGACUUGUUUGCAUCACAAGGUGGACAGAGAUCGAUUCAAAUUCUAGUCGUCGUAGGGUUUCUGUACCUAUUCAUGAUGACACUGGAACUUCCCUUCGUGUUCGAUUCUGGGUCUAGUGCGGUAACCCAAGAAUCGUCUCGAUCCUCUUUGCUUCAGAGGAGCGAAGAGGGAUCGGAAAGAAAAGAGUCACUGAUUCGCCCGCUGAAAAACCCUCUGGAACCUCGAAACCGAUCGUGGUAUUUGAACCCCGAUAGACGAAUUUCAGAGUUUAAACCUUUGUCAAGCAUGGGUUUUGAUGCCAUUUCCGUUAACAAUGGUAGCAACAAUGUUUCGGGUAUUGAGAGUUGGGCCAAGGAGGCUUUCGAAAUGGGGAGGAAGACAUGGGAAGAGAUCGAACCGGGAAAAUCUCUGGGUUUUCAUGAAAAUGCUGCAGAGAGAAAGAGAGCCGAGUCGUGUCCAAAUUCGGUUUCUCUAUCCGGAUUUGAGUUCUUGGAGAAAGCUCCCAUUAUGGGGCUUCCGUGCGGGCUGAAAUUGGGGUCGCUGAUAACGGUCGUGGGGAAGCCGAGACUGGCAAAGGAUGAGAAGAAUGCGGUGGUGUCGCAGUUCAUGGUGGAGUUGCAAGGGGUGAAGGAUGAUGAUGGAGAGGACCCGCCAAGGAUGUUGCAUUUCAAUGCGCGGUUGAAGGGAGAUAGGAGUAGGAAACCUGUUAUUGAGCAGAAUACGCGGUACAGGAUGCAGUGGGGGACAGCAAUUCGUUGCGACGGACGGAAAUCCUUUGUCAUUGAAGAAACAGUUGAUGGCCAAGUGAAGUGCGAGGGAUGGAUCCGCAAUAACAGCGACUCAGAGGAGUCGAAGAUAAGAUCGUGGUUGAACCGCCUAAUUGGCCAAACACAGGACGCUGCUGUUUGGCCAUACCCAUUUGCAGAGGGAAAGCUUUUUGUCCUAACUCUUCGACCGGGCUUGGAGGGCUAUCAUGUCGACAUUGAUGGGCGGCAUGUAUCCUCCUUUCCUCAUCGCGCAGUGAGUAAAAUUGCAGAACCACUAUUUCAACAAUCAACGCGUGAGUUAAUCCUAAGGUUGUUUGCUAAAUGUCCACAGGGGUUCACAAUUGAGGAUGCUACAGGAUUGUUCUUGAAAGGUGAUAUUGAUGUCCAUUCCAUUUUUGCAACAUCCUUGCCGUCAUCACAAAUCAGCAAUAGGCGUCUUGACAUGUCCAGCAGGUGGAAGGCCCCGCCUCUUCCUGAUGGACCUUUCGAGCUAUUCAUUGGCAUCAUUUCAGCAGGCAACCAUUUUGGAUCGAGGAUGGGUGUGAGGAGGUCUUGGAUGCAGCACGAGCUUAUUCAAUCCUCUGUUGUGGUUGCUCGGUUCUUCGUAGCACUGCACGCAAAGAAAGAAGUGAAUCUGGAGCUGAAGAAAGAAGCAGAUUUCUUCGGCGACGUAGUUAUAGUGCCUUACAUGGACAACUAUAACCUUCUUGUUCUGAAAACGGUUGCUAUCUUUGAAUAUGGGGUUCGCGCUGUGUCUGCAAAGUACGUAAUGAAGUGUGAUGAUGACACAUUUGUUCGAGUGGAUGCGGUUAUGAACGAAAUAAAGAAAGUCCCUGCUGGUAAAAGCUUUUAUUUGGGAAACAUAAACUACUACCAUAAGCCCUUUCGGUAUGGUAAAUGGGGAGUCACAUAUGAGGAGUAUGCAGGAGAAAAAUAUCCACCUUUUGCAAACGGUCCAGGCUACAUUGUGUCAUCGGACAUCGCACAAUUUAUUGUAUCCGGGUUCGAAAAACAUAAACUACGGUUGUUCAAGAUGGAAGAUGUGGGUAUGGGAAUGUGGGUGGAGCAGUUCAACAGCUCAACACCCGUGGAGUACAUCCACAUCUUGAAGUUCUGCCAAUGGGGGUGUACGGAAGAUUAUAUUACAGCGCAUUACCAGUCUCCAGGGCAGAUGACGUGCCUCUGGAAAAAAUUGCAAGAGCAAGGAAGGCCCCGGUGCUGCGACAUGAGGUGAAGACCAGAAAUG